CCGAACUAGUCUGUAAAGUCCAAACCCAGUUCAAGAAAGGGUGUUUGUUUGUUUGAAUUGGAUGAUGAGUGUUGAGGCAUGAAUGUGAUGCUAUGGAGGUUGAGGAGAUUCCAGCUCAGCAGCCCUGCAAGUUCCCAAGAAUCGGAAAUGGCGGCAGAGGAAGCAGCUCCGUAGCCAAGAACCCAGAUGAGGAAGACAACAACGGCGGCGGCGGCGGCGGCGGCGGCGGCAGGGAGAUCAAGACUACUAACCACCUUAACGGGUGGCACCACUCUCGAAUCAUCCGGGUCUCGAGAGCCUCCGGAGGCAAAGAUCGCCACAGCAAGGUGUGGACUUCAAAAGGUUUAAGGGACAGGAGGGUCCGGUUGUCGGUUUCAACAGCCAUUCAGUUCUAUGAUCUUCAAGAUCGGUUGGGUUACGACCAACCCAGCAAAGCAGUUGAGUGGUUGAUAAAGUCUGCUGCUGACGCCAUCGCCGAGCUUCCUUCGCUGAACACCGACUCGUUCCCGGACACUCCCAAGCAGCUCAGCGAUGAGAAGAGGGGGAGCAGCGAGCAUGGUUUGGACUCUGUUGAGGUUGAUGUUGAUGAUCACCCCAAUUAUCACCAUCAAAUGAAUCAACAGCAGCUUUGUCUUUCGAAAUCGGCUUGCAGUAGUACUUCCGAGACAAGCAAAGGAUCCGGGCUGUCGCUGUCCCGGCCGAAUCGGGUGAAGGCGGCCCGGGAGCGAGCCCGGGAGAGAACAGCCAAAGAGAAGGAGAAGGAAUCCAACAACAAUUACAACAAUAACGAGUCUUCCCGCAUUGCACAGGCUAUUUCUCAAAACUCAUCUUUCACUGAGCUUCUCACCGGCGGAAUAGGACACAACAGUAACAACAGUCCCACCGGGCAUCAUCAUCAUCAGAACUGCAACGGCGAACACGUUUUAUUCCACAAGGCGGCGGCACAUCAACAACAACAGAUGGACUACUCAUUCGGGUCGAGUAGUCUCCUCGGACUUUCCCCCACCCCUGCUCGAAACCAGCAUCAAUUCUCCGGGCAAAUCCACCUGGGGAAUUCGCUGCCGGCGCAGACAUUGUUCAGCAUCUCCGGUGACCACCACCACCGCAGCAGCAGCAGUAGCAGCCACCCGGAGAUGCCGCAGCAUUUCUCGUUCGUUCCCGACUACAUCCCUGUCUCGGCGGCCGCCAAUGGCGGUGAAUACAACCUCAACUUCUCGAUGUCGAUGUCUUCUUCUGGCGGCCUUGCUGGUUUCAAUGGGGGGACCCUUCAGUCCAAUUCAUCAUCAUCGCCUUCUCUUUUGUCUCAGCUCCAAAGGUUCUCUCCCAUGGAGUCCAAUGUACCUUUCUUCAUCGGAGCCGCCGCAGCUCCAACCAUGGAGAAUCACCACCACCACCACCACCAGUUCCCAGCUGGAUUGCAGCUCUACGGUGACGGAAGCCGGCAUUCAGACCACAAGGGAAAAGCAAAGAACUGAUCUUUUUUCCGAAAACUGAAGCGAAAGAAGUAAUGGCAAGCUGCAAGUGAAUGCAUGCUUCCUUCAUCGGAUAACAACUUACUAUAAUGCUUCUGAAGUUGGUGGUAUUUCUGGUUUAACCGUAGUGUAGUCAUUCAGCUUGCAUUCCUUCAUUCGGAGAAAUAUUUACAUUUGUUAUUUAUCUCUGUGUGU